UCUGCAAUGUCAGCAGCCGCAGCGGCGGCAGCGACGCGAGCGGCAGCGGCCGGGGCCCCGCGGUAGCGGCCAACGCCGCACGGCCCGGCGGGCGCGCACCGCGCCAGGCAGCGGCCACCUUGCUGCCCUAGGGGCUCCGUGGGCGACUCUGCGCGCACCCGCGCAGCGUUCGGACGUCAGGCCAGCCCGGCUGCGGCCACGCACAAAGGACCGCAGACAUCGGGCUCCGGGGACUGCGCCCAGGAAACAGCCCGGGGACAGCCAGCCACGCAGCCAACCCUCCUCGCCUCCGCUCCCCGGGCGGCCGGAGCCCGAGCCAAAGCGGGGCCCGUCAUAUGACAGCAGCGAUACCGCGGCUGCGGAGCGCACUUGCUGCCCGCUCCUCUGCGCCACGACCGCUGGCACCCGGGGUGACCCGCGCCACGUCCCGCUGAGUAGUCGGCCGGUCCCCGCCGCCCCGUGCCUCGGCUGUCGAGCUCCCGGGGCAGGAGCCGAGGGAACCCCCAAGCCGGCGCCGAGCCUAAAAUGGCCACGCUGCUCCGCAAAAUCGGGCUCAUCCGCCUGCACAACCGGGACACCGAAGACCCCAAGCACCACCACAACCAUCGCGGCGGCGGCGGCCAACAGAGCGCGUCGCUGCGCGGCAAGAGCGGCACCAAGAGCAGCGGCCACAAGCAGCAGCAGCACCCCCCCGGGGGCGCGGGCGACUCCAGCCCCGGCCCGGGCAAAGGCAAGGGCAAGCGCGCGCCGGAGCUGGCCCCGCGCGACAAGCCGCCGCAGCCCGCAGCGGGGGCGGCCGGCGCGGCAGGCACCGGGGGCCCCCGGGAUCAGGCGGCGGGCGCCAGGGCGGGGCCCGGCCCUGCUGGGGCGGCGGCGGCGGCGGCGGGCGGCAGCCUGGUGCCCGCCGCGCGCCAGCAGCACUGCACGCAGGUGCGUAGCCGGCGGCUCAUGAAGGAGCUGCAGGACAUCGCGCGCCUCAGCGACCGCUUCAUCUCCGUGGAGCUGGUGGACGAGAGCCUCUUCGACUGGAACGUGAAGCUGCACCAGGUGGACAAGGACUCGGUGCUGUGGCAGGACAUGAAGGAGACCAACACCGAGUUCAUCCUGCUCAACCUCACCUUCCCCGACAACUUUCCCUUCUCGCCGCCCUUCAUGCGGGUGCUCAGCCCGCGCCUGGAGAACGGCUACGUGCUGGACGGCGGUGCCAUCUGCAUGGAGCUGCUCACGCCCCGCGGCUGGUCCAGCGCCUACACGGUGGAGGCCGUGAUGCGCCAGUUUGCUGCCAGCCUGGUUAAGGGCCAGGGGCGGAUCUGUAGAAAAGCUGGCAAAUCAAAAAAGUCCUUCAGUCGCAAGGAAGCGGAAGCCACCUUUAAGAGUUUGGUGAAGACGCAUGAGAAGUACGGCUGGGUCACCCCUCCCGUUUCUGAUGGCUGAUGUUUGCACCUCUCCACGCACACAGACACCCGGCAUCUCCUCCUCGACGCUGAACAUCCUCCAUCCUUUUUUACUCCAGCCGGAACUGAAUCCUGAAUGCCAAGGAGACAUUUAAGUUAUUUAUGAACAGAUGUGUUUACAGAGAGAAAGAGGGAGCAAAUGCUGUUCGGGAUUAAGUUUCGAUCAUAAAUGAAUGAUCAUCUCUAAGUCACUAUAGAACAAAUGUUGAGAUGGCGACAUCUCCUGGCCCGCCUGCCCCUCCACCCUGACCACAUUGCCCUUAGCUUCUCCCCAUGACAGCAGCUCCAAAGGGCAGGCAGGCACCUCGACGCCACCUGCUCGGCCCAUUUCCUGUCCGUGGCGCCGUUCGUAUUCCAUAGGAGUGCCCUGCGUCGCCGGUACGUGUUUGCUGUGCUCUCUCUCUCUCUGUUUCUCUCCCUGGCAGGGCAACAUCACUUGAAGACAUGUCUUUCUGUGGCCCCAUGUGACAACAUGUAGACCUCAUCUGUGCUAUGACCUUUGGCUCAUGAAAACAAAAUUUUAAUAUUGCCAGGUUCUAGUGAUUUAAAACAACUGCCCUCUUGGUUCAGAUGUGCUCUCUAUGUUGAUGGGGUGGUGCCCACAGAGAAACCAGAGCCCGCAGGCGAAAGGCAGGGCUGCUGUGGCCACAGUGGGGUGCACAGCCCUACGGGCACCAGGUACGCGCUCCCUGGGGCUCAGAGCGAAGGGUGGUGGCAUGCGGACCGUCUUUGCCGAUAUCCUGAGAGGCUCCUCUGACAGCGAGCUUCUGCUCCUGUCUUCUCUCUGCUGGUCACCCCACCACCAAAAACAAAAGACAGUUUUCCACUCAAUGACUCAUUUUAUCAUGUGUGCUAGUGACAGGGAAUGCCAGAACUGCCAAAGGGUACCAAGUGAUCGUUUGACGAUUUGCAUGACCGGGUUUAAUUCUUCACCCUGUAGUCACUUGUGUGUCCCCCGAGGCUGGGAUGCGUAAGCACCCCACUGUGAUAUAAACUUCCCGUUAUUUAAUCUCCCCACAGUUUCAUUUCUCUCCUCUGUUAAGUUACUUAGACCUUUCUAAGAAACUCCAUGAAAUGAAGAAGUACUGUUUAUAAUAAUAUGCGGGAAGAGAAAAGUGUUCACCCCAGGUGGAAAAUCUUACUGGACACAUUUUAAAUAAAAUCAUGCAUACCUGA